GAAAGGUUUUAUGAUAAUAUUGUGUUCAAGCGAAUAUUUGUCUUAAUUUAUUUUAAUUUUGUGAGCUAAAGAAGUUCAAGUGUGGUAAAGUUAUUAUGGCCGACGAUUUACAAAAUUAUAAAUUGCAAUUGCAGCAGGUGGAGGCUGCCCUGCUAACAGAUCCCGAUAACAGUGAAUUGUUAAAAUUGAAGGAGGAUUUAGUAGAAGUGAUUGAAUUGACUCGGGACCUGAUCAAAACCCAACUUGAAGAGCAAAAAAAGACAUCGUAUGUCGAAUCAAACAAAUCGUAUGCCGCUAAAAAAUCGUUCGAUGACAUUGGAGAGUCAUCAUCAUCAAUAACAUCAUCGGGUGCAACGGCAGCAGCUGCUGGUUUAUGUGAUGAUUAUGAUGAAAUUGAGGCGGCAUUAUUAGCAGCCGAACAAAGUACAAAAGCUAGACCACAAUGGAAGAUCGGCGAUAAAUGCCAAGCCAAAUGGACCGAAGACGGUAAUUUUUACGAUGCAACAAUCGAAGGCAUUAGCGAAAGUGGUGAGGUCAAUGUUGUGUUUGAAGCAUAUCAAAAUCGCAGCACGACCACACUAGCCGAAUUGAAAGAACGCGUUGUACGAAACGAAGUAUUCCCGUCAAAUAAACGACUUCGACCAAACAAUAAAGAAUACUUGAAGAAAAAGAAGGCAAAGAAACAGCAACGAUUCAAAGUGUUGGAAGAAGAACGUGAACAAGAUAAAAAUAAAUGGCUCAAUUUUACAACGAAAAAUACGAAAAAAUCGGGACAAAUAAAAUCAAAAAGCAUUUUCGCUUCACCGGAUAAUGUAAAUGGCCGUGUUGGCAUUGGAACAUGUGGAGUGUCCGGAAAUCCAAUGACUAAAUAUUCAUAUGGUGAAAAAUAUCGAAAGGGAACGUAAAAUUAAUAGAGCAAACAACAACAAAACAACAUCAAAACAAACAAACCAGAUAUUCAAGAACAUAUUUUGUAAACUAUAAACUAUAGUCUCAGCACCAAUUUUUAGCGCGCCACAUUCAAAUCGUAACAUAAUUCUCAUCAUUGUAUCCACAUAUGCACAGUUCUGUUCAGAGUUUAAGUAACAAAAAAAGAUGAUAAUAAAAAUGAAAAUAGAAAUGAGA